AUGAGGACAUCCAGGAAGGGCAGCGUGGAGAUGCCUGCGUUUGUGCGGCAGCUGGUGAAAGAGACUGAAAAGAGGGUCAGCUCUUUCUUCAAAGGGGGCCGUGGAGGAGCAGCAGAGGGAGAGCAGCCAGGGGAGGGGGAGAAAGAGGAGGUCAUCCCCAGCCCCUAUCUGGACCGGCCGGUCUUGGACAAGCUGACAGAGGAGGGCUGUGCCCGCUGGGGCCUCACCUACGCCCUGGGAAGCAUGCAGGGCUGGAGGGCCAACAUGGAAGACUUUCACAAUUGUGUACCACAGCUGGGUGGAGAGCUGGCUGACUGGAGCUUCUUUGCUGUGUUCGAUGGUCACGCAGGCAGCACGGUGGCACAAUACUGCUCCCAGCACCUCCUGGGUCACAUGCUGGCCACAGGUGGAAUGGGACCAGAGGACGACCCACAAAGGGUGAAAGGAGCCAUCAUAGAGGGCUUCCUGCAAACAGACAAGCACCUCCACUCUGUGGCACGUCGAGAAGGAUGGGAAAGAGGUGGCACCACCGUGGUGGCCGCUCUCAUCUCACCAUAUUACAUCUACUUCGCCAACUGUGGUGACUCGAGGGCCAUGCUGUGUCGCUCUGGCCAGGUUUGCUUCUCCACUGAGGACCACAAACCUUACUGUCCUCUGGAGAAAGAGCGUAUCGAGAGCGCAGGAGGCUCCGUGUCCAUCCAACGGAUCAAUGGCUCCUUGGCAGUCUCCCGUGGCCUGGGGGACUUCAGCUACAAGGGGGCAGAGAACCGGACACCCAGCCAGCAGAUGGUUUCACCAGAGCCAGAGGUGUGUGUGGUGGAGCGCUCACCAGCAGAUGAGUUCCUGGUGCUCGCCUGUGAUGGGGUGUGGGACACCAUCAGCAACGAAGAGCUGUGCGCUUUCAUCCACAACCGGCUGCGUGUCUGCACUGACCUGAGAGAUGUCUGCACUCAAGUUAUUGACCUCUGUCUCUAUAAGGGCAGUUUGGACAACAUUAGCAUCAUCCUGUUAUGCUUCCCUGGAGCCCCCCAACUGUCAGCAGAGGCACUGCACCAGGAGGCUGAGCUAGAGGACCUGCUGGAGUCUAAAGUAGCAGAGAUUUACGAUGAGCUAUGUGCAAGAGGAGAGGAGCCUGACCUACUGUCCGUCCUCACAGUCCUCGCAUCCACCGUCAUCCCUGGUUUACCACCAGGUGGAGGCAUACAGAGCAAAAGAAACUGCAUUAUUUCUGCUUACUAUCAACAAAGAGAGACACACAAGCCCACAGUACCAAAUGUAAGUACAAAGUAA